CUAUAUCAAUUCAACAGGUGCAUCGUUGAUCCAUACACGUCUAGGCGACACACUCAUUUGCCGACCCGCCUGGCUGUUAAGCACCCCAACAAAGUAUUUCAAUCAAGUGUCACAAAGUACUGAGGUAGCAAACAGCGACCCACAGGCGCCGCGUCCAAGGCUCCGCUUUUUGCCGUGGGGCACGGUCGGUGCCCUAGGUAGCCUGGUGCUUGGUGCCAGCGCCACAGCCAUGGACAGCCAGGCUCGCAUCCAAGCAAAUCUUAGACACAUACAGGCUUUCGAGGCAAAGCCCAACCCCAAAGCCCUGCCGGAGACGGCUGUGACACGCGGGUUUGAGAAGGUUGCUUUCCCCAAGCUGGUGCGGGAGCUCACGUGUGAUAACGCCGUGGUGCGGAAAAAGUCGUUGCUAGCGGCCCGCGAGCUGCUGUCAUCACCAGUCAACCACGUACAAUGCGUGGCGGCGGGUGCCACGCCGGCAAUCGUGGCAUUACUGCAGGACCAAACAGAUGAUGAGACUCGGUAUUAUGCAGCCGGCACACUCAAACUCCUGGCGGCCAAGGAGGUGGGCGCGAGAGACCUGGCGCAGCACAGUGGGCUGGAUGCGCUGGCGGCGGCGCUGGAGGACCCAAGCGAGGGUGUGCGUGAUGAGGCCUAUGGGGCGCUCAUUGAGGCGGCGCGCUUCGACUCCACCCGCCGCGCGUUGGAGGCGUGUGGCAGCGGCGCUGUGCUGCCGCGGUUGAUGGAGCUGGCACUGCUGGAGGCGCAGGGCGGCGCCGCGGGGCGAGCUCAGCAGGGGCUGGUGCUCCUAUUCACGUGCACACAGGCUCGCCACAAUGCCGGCAUCCUGUCCCAGCUGGUGGAUGUGGCGCAGGCCAUCCCGCACCUUGCAGGCUUGCUCAAGCCCGAGCUACCCAUGCCUGUACGGCACGCGGCGGCGGAGCUGCUGGGCGCGCUGGCGACCCGCGAGGACGCCAAGAUACAGGCAGUGCAGGUGGGAGCGGUGCCGUUACUGCUGCUGGCCGCGAGCCCCAGUGUGCCCGUGCCCUUCGCCACCUCCGCCGUGGCUGCCCUUGGCGCGAUCACCAUCCGGCGGGAGGGCAAGUAUGCGGCCCUCGAGUCGCCCGGCGGCCUGGCGGGAUUGGUGUCAGUCCUGGACCCCUGCCACGAGCAGCUGUGCAUCAACGCCAUGACAGCCGUGUCCAAUGUGGCGGAGGCGCCCGAGGCGAGGGCGAUCCUGGUGGCGAGCGGCGCGGGCCCCAAGCUGCAGCAUAUCUUCGAGACGGCCACUGUAGAGGUCGUCAAGCGCGCAGCGGCGCAGGCGAUACGGCAGUGCCGCUUCAAGCACCUACCUUACGAGGUGCUUCCGGGGGCGCCGCCCAUCAAUGAGGAGUAGCGCGACAGCAGCAGGGGGAGGACACGCAGUAUGAAACAGUAUGGAAGCGGUGCACAUGCGGGCUUUGGAAAGCACUUGCUGUGUUUGUAAGGGUGUGUAAGGUUUGCAGUUGGGCCGCAGGUGUCGAUCAGUGAACUGUGUAUGGCGUGACGUGGAAUGCGGUGGCGGCGCAAGAGAACGCGAUUUGCUGUGCCAUAUGUGUCAGUGGUAUGUGAGCAUAUGUCCGUGUGUUUACUUGCUGAGGAGAGCUGAAGCACUUGGAGACUACGGGUGGAAAGGGACAUGCGCAGCGGCGGAGUCGACUGUUG